UGCUGCUUUUCGGUUGAGCGUAACCAUGAGGCUGCCAUUGAGAGGAAUCCUUUUGGGACUACUGGUCGUUCCAGCGCUGGUGUACGGGUCGUCUGAACUGGAAGAGGAACCCCCAAAGGAGAAGUUUUUCCUCAAGUCUUACCAAACGACGACAGUCACCACCCUCAGCAUUGUGGUCACAACUGUACCCUACUUCUGCGCCUUCACCACUGCCCAACUAUCCGUUUGCACCGGGAGGAGUUUGAGGAGGAAACGAAGACUCGCCAUGCGAGACAUGGAUCUGGGCAAAAUUGCCCACUUGGAGAAGUCGAUAGACGAGGUUCCGGAGGAGCCUUUGGAGGAGAAAGACCUCGAUAGGCUGUUCUUCACCCUGUGGCAAAGUACGACCACCACCGUCACCGUGACGACCACUGCAACCAACACCAGCAUCACCAUAUCGGCCUUGGCCUUAUGCACCUUUGCCAACUACAACGUUCCUCUUUGCUAACUUGUGAUGUCACCAAAGAUGUCAUACGAAGGUCGUCCUUGGCUUCUUGGAGAAAGUCGUUAUGUUAUUUGUGAUUUUCGCAUUGAAUGACUAGAUUCCUUUUGAAAAAAGUUUAUAUGUCCAUUCUUAGAAACAUUAACGUGUCACACAUACAUUUCCAAAAAAUUUGGUAAAACUUAGACUAGAUGAAAUGAAAAAGAAUUCACACUCACAUAACACUUGACCCAAGGAGUGCCUUAGAAUGUCAUAACAUGUACAUAGGAUUUUUUUUUCAACCCUGUAAAAUAGUGCGUAUACCUUGCGACCCUGUUCUAAAUAAAUGAAGCAGAGA